AAAUUACUUUACCGUUUGCAAAAAAUUAUUGAAAUAAAGAGGCCAUCUAUUCAAUAUAGAAAUAAUCAGAGUUUAGAAGGCUUAACAUGACCGGGUCCGUUAGCUUUGUUUGCAAACAUGAGAUUAUGUCACGUUAACAACCUCAAAAGUCAAUUUAAAACAUGUUUAGUAGCAAAAUGUGAUAUAUACAAGUAUAAAUGUGAUAGUAUAGUAACACUCUUUUAUCAUUUUUUAGCUAAUAAAAUGGAUUUAAGACUAGAUUGAUUUUUGUUUCCUGUUAAACCGCAGUAAAUAAAAAUUAGAAGGCUAUUUGGCCCCGACAGAAUAUGCAACAAGUUUGUAUUAAACUCAUUUACACAAAAAUGGAAUUAAGACAAGUUAGCUCCUAAAAUUAUCUAUAUGUACAGAUAUGUUUAUUGCACUUAUUAGUAAAUAAACUGAUUAGUUGCGUAAUGAGUUUAAAUUUUAGCCAUUUUUUAAAGUUGAUAAUCAUAACGUACUUAAUUAAACAUGCGUGAUGUAAUUUGCAUAGCUAAAUUAAAUGCUUUUUGCGCUUAGUGUUGCGCAGUUUGGUUUGUGCGCAGUUUUUCUUCUGUUCUGGAAUUUUGAGAUUAGAAUUUCCAGACUUAUUUUAAAAAGCGCGUUUUCGUUUUAAUUUUUUUUUUACAUCUAAUCGUACCUAUCAAGUAGGUCAUAUUCAGUAUAAUCAAUUCAAUCGUUUUCAUUUUUUAUGUUUUAACAUGUCUAUUACCUUUAUUAAAUUUGUUUUUAAGCAUAUUUGUUUUUAUUUUUUAUAUCGAAUUAAUAGAAUGAAUCAGAUUGAAGAUGAAGUUGCUGAAUUACUAAGAAAUGAUGACAAUAUUGAAGCAAACGUUGUUGAUAAUAUUGGAACAAUGUCAGGUGGAAGUAUAGCUGGUAGGACUGUGUUUUAUAUUUUAUAUAUUUUGUAUGGAGAAAUAUAUGCAAUAGCAUCUUCUGUUUCGAAUGAAAAUGGUGAGAUUCCUUAUCAUUCGAACAAUACCAAAGUUAUCGCUCCCAACACCCGGGACCUCUCUCAGAGAGGUCCUUCAAUAAAUGGAAACGUAAUGGCGGUAUGGAUGAGCCCUCCUUUAAAUGGAGGGCUCAUCCAUACCGGGGUGUUGGGAGACACCGAAGAAAAAACAGCAACCAAAAGGUUGUAAAUGUCUUCUAUCAGUAG